UGGCGCGGGGCGUUCCGCAGGGCGAGAUCGGCUUUCUCCGCCGCUGAGUGGCUCCGCUGGCGGGGGGCGGAGGGGGCAGCAUGGAGGAGGAGGAGGCGGCUUGGAGGCCCCCGCGACCGUGUGACGACUACUGGAAUGAAUGGAAACACUGCAAGAGCAUCCAGAACUUUUUCCACAAUUAUUAUACCUACGGGAAGGUGCCAUCCUGUAUCCAGUGGAAAAGAGACUACAAGCAUUGCAGAGAGUGGGAGAAAACAAAAAGUUCAUUGGCAAAGGACUCCUUGUGUAAAAGUGAACGUGAGCGAGUUGCGGAGAAGCAGAAGCACGCACCAGUGUGGGAAUUGAGAAAAAGGCCUCCUGCGGACUGGUACCUUCCUCUUGAUGAAGACAAACCAAAGUGACAAGGUCUGGGCAUACUAGAUGCAUGACUUUGGCCUGAUGCUUCCUAGGGAAUCCCUAAAACUGUGUUGUUUGGGACAUUUCCCAGCCAUCCCAGGAAUUCUGUACCUCACUUUGGUUGACAAGUGUUUCGUUUUUAAUAUAAAUAUGUUCUGAACUUU